CAAAAAUGUGAGCAGCAACAGAGACUGAGGAACUGUUACAGUGGGAUCCCAUGCUGGUGGCAGGAGACUCAGGAAAAUAAACGAUACAGGUAGCGGGGAAGUUUAGAAAUUAUCUAAGUCUGGGAUAUUCAAAAACAUCUACCCUUCCACCAGAAGGGCUCUCAAAGAGCAUACACUACACACUUGAGCUGCUGGAGGCAGGUAUUUUUAUAGCAGCAGUUCCUAAAUGUUUGGAUCCUGGGGUCAAGCCCUUAAACUCUCUCACAAAUACCACAAUGGACAAAGGAGUGAACAAACACAUGCAUAUCACCGCAUAUUACCAUUUCAAAGGUGCCAUGUGGAUCACAGUCUGGGAACUGCUGCUUUACCGGAAGGGAGGCCAAAAAUCUUUACAGGGGGCAGUGGUGAUGGCCAGGGUUUCAGACUUCCCUGCUCUCAUGUGGACAGGAUAACACUUUGCACAAAAUCAAAUCCCUUUCAGGGGAGCAUGGCACAGUGCUCUACUGUGAAACUCAAACAGAAAGGAGAAAAAUUCUAACUUACUCACACUCAUUCUCUUGAUCCCCCAUUGAAAGUGGUCUUCAAACGCAAUAUUAAAGAGGAAAAUACUGGACAUGGAGGAUGCCAGGCUCCAUACCCAAGUAGCUCCAGCUUUCCCUUGCAGCACAAACCCAGCAGCAAUCAGGUAAUUCCACAAACCAAACAAAUUAAAGCACAGAGAAAUCCACUGAUGACCAUGAGACUAGGAGACUUCUAGCUGCAUGCUACACUGGGCACACACUCGGAAAGCACUGGCAAGGUCCCAUUGCAUAGCACACUUAGACUGUGGUCCAGGAGGUUCAGAGGAUCCUCCUGGCUGGUGUCUGUCACAGCUAUGGUGACCUUGUUACCAGCUGCUGAGACUUGAAAAGGGAAAGAAAAACCAUCAGUGUAGGAGAGGUUAAGUGCUCCUAGACCCAAGGUCUUUCUCUCCAAAUUGCAGCUCCUAGAAUUCCUGCAGGUAUGUGCCAAGGACACAUUAUAGAUCAACUACAGCAGCAAUCCUCAAAUGGAGGGAAAAAAUUAAUUACUUUCAUGACCUGAAAUCAACCCUAUCGGCUCAAGCUAUCAAUAAGCAGUUGGCUUCCUGCUAAGCACAGACCAGAACCAGCCCUGUAGAAAACGAGCUGUUCCUGGGAAGCCCCAGGAACACAAUGCAGCCAGCUGUAUCCUUAACACACUCCGAGGAAACAAUUUCCGCCACAGGCAGCACAGGGUCCUUGUGCCAGAGGAUGCUUCCGAGCUGGAGCUUCUACUGACCAGUUUGAAUCUCAUGGCACAGCACCAGGUCCAAAUGAACCACAUACACUGGCAACCAACGCCCCCAGUAUUUCCAGUUCCCCAAACUGGGCUACAAUAAUGAUGGCUUAUGGAACCUUAAUUACGUGCUGGAGGAAGGACAAUUCCACUCUUCAGAGGUAGUAACGGGAUUUCAGAAUGAAGCAGAAAUUCUGUUAACUGGAAAGUGUGUGGCCAUGCAGGUUGCAAGGUGAGAGGGUUUCCAGCUGAGUGCUGCCAAUCCCGUCUGCAAACAACUUAGUUCCACAGCUGUAAAUUAGUUCCUCUCUGCCCCCAGCUCUCCUAAACGGUUAACUUGUGGCUGUGAGACCAUCCUAUCUCCCUGCCUGCUCAACAAUAGCUCCAGCUAAACAAAUGCCUCCUAAUUGACUUUAAGCAACACUUGAUUGCUUUCACAAAAAACAAAAGAGAGGAAAACAUUAGGGUUUAUGAAAUAAUGACUAAUCCUGGAGCAAGAGAAAGGGGAUGGGUUGGAGCACUGGUGUCAAACCGAGAUUCAAUCUUCGCUGAAAGAGCUCCAAGACACAUGGGCCAAGUCAUUCAUCCCUCCCCAACUGCCCUCAUUUCCACACCUGCUGAUCUAAGCCAAACCCCUGCUAAAAUACAAACAAUCAGGGCCGCUGGCAAAUGAAAAUUGGAGCAUUGUCUUCCCCAUGAGGGCUCUGAAAGGGCCGCACUUAAUGAGGAUGGAUUGACAAAGAGGUGGCUGGUAGGCUAUAAAAGGCAUUCCACAGUCAGGAGGAGUUCAGUCUGCAGUGUGCUGUUGGUUCACUUGCUCCAAGCAUGGUCACGUCCCCUCGCAGGCACCCCUUGAGGUUGGGUGGCCCGUGGCUACUGGGUCUCCUGGCACGCCUGCUGCUCUGGGGCUCUCCAGGUGUCUGGGCAAGCUACCUGAGGAGAUCCUCCAGCUGCAUGCCCAUCCCACACCGCAUGGCCUUGUGCUACGAUAUCGGCUACUCCGAGAUGAGGAUUCCCAACCUGCUGGAGCAUGAGACCAUGACAGAAGUCAUCCAGCAGUCUUCCAGCUGGCUGCCCUUGCUGGCCAGGGAGUGCCACCCAGAUGCUAGGAUUUUCCUCUGCUCCCUCUUUGCACCGAUCUGCUUGGACAGGCUCAUCUAUCCCUGCCGCAGCCUCUGCGAAGCUGUCAAGAGAAGCUGUGCGCCCGUCAUGGCUUGUUAUGGCUAUCCCUGGCCUGAAAUCCUGAACUGCAACAAGUUCCCUGCAGAUCAUGAAUUGUGCAUUGCAGCAGUCUCCAUGGAUGAAAAUUCCUCAAGCAAGAGAACAGUGCCCCGAGCCAGCUGCAAGGACUGUGAGCUUGAGGAGGCCAGCACUGCCAGGGAGAUCCUGGAAAGCCUCUGUGCAAACGAUUUUGCAGUGAAAAUCCGAAUCCUGAGGAAGAACAUCACCACCACCAUCUCAGACUUUGACCUGGACCCCUCCAAGGUAGAGGUGCUGAAGCAUGGCCCACUCCUCAGAACUGAAAUCCCUGCCAGGCUCCAGCAGUGGCUGAACAUAGAUGCCACGUGCGCCCACAACAUCAUGCGAGGCACUCACGCAGGAGUCUUUGUUGUAUGUGGUGAAGUACAGAGUGACAAAGUGGUGGUGAACAAGGCCUAUGCCUGGCAGAAGAGAAACAGGAACCUGCACCAGGCAGUGAGGAGGUGGAAACAUCACCGCUGCCCCGAACAGGCAGGAUGGAAGGUCUGAAAAAUCUCAAUUCCAGCAAUAAGAAACUUCUCCCUUCCCUAUGGCUAGAAAACUCCUUUUCCUGGCAGGUGGCAUUUUGGAGAUGUACAGUCAUAUUUCUAGGUGAUUUGAAGCAGUCAUAGUGCACAGACAGGGCUUCACUACAGAUCCCCGUUUUACCAAGACAAUGCUUUAGGGUGCAGGUUUAACAUGUUCCUCUCACAAGGCUCUGUAGAUCCAGGACGUGCUAUGUUCAGCUUUGCGUAGGAUCCAACAUCACAACAAAACUUAACUCUGCAGGUGAGGACAAAUUAGAAGAAACCUUUAAUAACAGUUCCUUCUAGUUCUCAGUAUCAGAGCUGGUAUUUCACAUUCGUUAUUUGACCCCAAGACAUUGAUGCUGUUCAAGUGCCUGCUUGCUUUCUGUCCAGAGAUUACAUGCAAGUCUCCCUGACUGUGAAGCGAUACUUUUUAUGUAAUGGAGGAAAUACUUUACUCUUGAACAGACUGAGGUAAACUGAUGGGGAGAGGAACCCACCCCUGCUGUGCCCAGACCCUUAAAAACUGCAGGCUGAACUCUGCUCUUGAGUAAGGCUGUCCCUUCAGCUUCUUGCACUGAGAGCUAAUGAGCAUCCACGCACGCAGAAGGAAACAGCCAUUCUCAAGCAGGAAGGGCACAGAGCAGAUAGCUGAGGGUUUCCAUGUAACGGGGAAAACUAUUUUUCAACAUCAGAAAUUCAGUGUAGAUCAGAAGAUUCUGGUAACUGAGGAUAUCACAAGAACCUUGAGAAAAGCAGAGCAUGAGUGAGACAUCAGCUGUUCAAAGCUGCUUUGGUGUAAAGAGCAGCUUGCUCAGGACUGGGAGUCCCAGCCCCAGCACAGUAGGAUAUUGCAGUUUUCAUAUGGGAGCAGGGGAGAAACCUUCCACAGCUACCUGGCCUUCCACUUGUACAUAAGGAAGAUAAUACAUAUGGGAAAACUCAAG